AUGAGCACCACACAGCGUUCUGAAAGCAUGAAUGCUUUUUUCGAUGGUUUUGUGCAUUCCGGUACAACGUUGAAAGAAUUCGUCGAUCAAUUUGACAAUGCACUGCGGAAGAAGGUAGAGCUCGAGACGACCGCUGAUUUCAAUUCGUCCAUCCAAACCAUCCCAUGUUCCUUUGCAUUCCGCAUUGAAAAGCAGUUUCAAGCCGUCAAGGAAGGUUGCAUUUCCACCUAUGAUGUUUUAGAUGAAAUUACCAUUGAUUAUGACCAUGUCAAGAGCAUCAAGUACACAGUUUACUUUAAAAAUGAGGAGGUUGAUGUGAAAUGCACCUGUGCGUUGUUUGAGAUGAGAGGAAUUGUCUGUAGACAUGCAUUGAACGUUUGUCAGAUGAAUAAGAUUCAUGCGCUACCGGAGAAGUAUGUCUUGGAUCAAUGGAGGAAGGAUUUAAAGAGAAGAUACACAAUGGUAAAAAGUAGCUACGACGACUUACGGCAAAAUGCAGAUUCAGGGAGGUAUGACCUUGUGGUGAAACGAUGUUCCAAAUUAGCAACCCGUGUAUCAUCGAGUGAUGCCCAUGUUACUGCAUUUAUGCUCCACUUGGAUGAGUUUGAGAAUAAAUUUAAAGGAUUAACACAAGAGUCCGGUUCAACAAAAGUAGCAGAGACUGUGUAG